CACAGGCUCAAGCCGACCAAUUUCUGAAAAGAAUUCCAUUUGUUGUCUGUUCAUAAGAAGAAGGUCGCCAGAAAGCGUUCUGUGGAUGACGAUUCUGGGCUUCAUUUCAAUGAUAUUGUAAAAACUUCCCUAAUAAUGUAGAAGCCUCCAAAAAAGGCUCUGAGCAUGAGGUUUGAAGGAAUCUUUCACAGCCAGAAAAAUUGAGAUAUCAGCCAAAUUGGCAAUUUUGGAUUAUCAAAAAUCAGAGAAUCAGAUGCAGAAACUAAUGACAAUGAAUCCUACAAAAAUCUCAAGAUCAGUAUCAGCAGUGUUAGGUUUGACAGUGACGCCGAGAACCUGAAGUUUAAAUAAAAUGAAUUCACCAGCAAAGCCAUUGAGCAUUAUUUCACAAUUUCAUCCUGUGUCCAAUGUGAAGCAAGGAACUAGCUACAGAACGCUAUAUGAAUCAAAAACAAAUCAGGGGCUUUCUAGCUUCAAGCCAAGAGUCAUGGUCAAAGAUUUGCAGAUCAGGCCGAACAACUUCAAAGAUGAGGAAGGCUUUAACUUCAGAGAAAAUAAAAUUUCCAAAAUGGCAUGUUUUGAAAAUCUUUCUUUCAAUAAGAGGAUAUCUUGGGGUUCAGAUAGCAAUAGGAACAACUACUUCUCUGAAAUGGCUCAAGCCCACUACAAAAAUGAUUUCAAUCACUUGAUUUCGAUCUGCGAAGACCUAAGAGAAAAGAAGCUCAACGAGAUUUCAGGAAAUGAACUGAUUCAGUACCUCUCUGUUCCUGGAAUAAGCAGGAUCCAGAAGCUUAUGAGGAGAAUCAAGCAAGAACUUGUCAGAAGCAAGCGCAUGAGAAUAAAUUUGGAGGGAACUGAUGAAGAUCAUAGCUCUCUUGUCCAACUAAUAAAUGGUCUUGCCUUUAACCUCCAGUCUUUACUUGACAAAAAGAUUACGAGACUGAAGUUCCUUAACAAGCAACAAAAUGGGAAAGAUUCAAUUAGUUCUAUUAUUUGACAUAAAAAUAAACCAGAAAAGGAUCAAAUAAAAAGUCAAAAUCCUAAUCCGUCUCUUACAUUGAGAUCUCGCAUAUUUAAGAAACUCAGAAACAAUGCUCCAAAACAAAGAUUUUCCAAGAAUCGUAAUCAGAAUAACUCUAUUGAUUAUACUCAUGUAUCAAAAUCAAUCAAAUUCUCAAAUCUCGCUCUUCCUGAAGUCCUGAUUCCCAAGAAGAAGGCUAAGACUAGAACUCGACACAAAUUAAAGAGAAAUAUUAAAGCUUUGAGAAGAUCAAUAGAACCACUCAUGAAUCACUCUUUUAUAAUAUAG